UGGGCGCCAUCUUGUUCGGGCUCACUGAGGGUUCUGCCUGUUCAGUGGAGGCUGCUGCGAAGAGUGCCCCAGCCCCUGGCCUGUGUGUCCGAGUCGGAGCAGUGGUGUGUGUUUACUGCCAAGUGCGAAGCAGUCACCCGUGGGGCGUCGGGGUGGGCAGGGUUGGCGACCGAGCCGGAGGAACAGGGAAAGGCGGGGCCGGCGGCCGCGCCAGGAUCUAGCGUAGCCUGUGCCGUUAGGGCACCCUCUUCUAGCUAAACACCGACUCUCCCUCUCCCGUCAGCCUCCAUGUGGCGGUGUGUGUGCGCUUCCCAGUGAUCUUGACACUGAAGAUCGCGAAGGAUCUCAUAGUUAAGUUGCUUUUACAGAAUUAACAGGUCUCCAAGAAAUAAAAAGAACAGGUCAUUAUUGCUGUGGUUUGAGCUCAGCAUGGCUGUAGUCAUCCGUUUACUGGGGCUUCCUUUUAUUGCGGGGCCUGUGGAUAUUCGUCACUUCUUCACGGGAUUGACUAUUCCUGAUGGAGGAGUGCAUAUAAUUGGAGGGGAAGUUGGGGAGGCUUUUAUUAUUUUUGCAACAGAUGAAGAUGCAAGACGUGCCAUAAGUCGAUCAGGAGGGUUUAUCAAGGACUCAUCUGUAGAGCUCUUUCUUAGUAGCAAGGCAGAAAUGCAGAAGACUAUAGAAAUGAAAAGAACUGAUCGUGUAGGAAGAGGGCGACCAGGAUCUGGGGCAUCAGGGGUUGGCAGCCUAUCAAAUUUUAUUGAGGCUAUGAAGGAAGAAGAAAGUAAUUCUGGAUAUGGCUCUUCAAUGAAUCAAGAUGCUGGGUUUCAUACUAAUGGUACAGGACUUGAUGAUUUAAGGCCAAGAAAGACAAGGCCAUUGAAGGCCGAGAAUCCUUAUUUAUUUCUGCGAGGUUUGCCUUACUUAGUAAAUGAAGAUGAUGUACGUGUCUUUUUCUCUGGUUUGUGUGUGGAUGGAGUAAUUUUCUUAAAACAUCAUGAUGGCCGAAAUAAUGGUGAUGCCAUAGUAAAAUUUGCUUCGUGUAUCGAUGCUUCAGGAGGUCUUAAGUGCCAUAGAAGUUUUAUGGGUUCAAGAUUUAUAGAAGUAAUGCAAGGCUCAGAACAACAAUGGAUUGAGUUUGGUGGUAAUGCAAUUAAGGAGGAUGAAGUCGCUAUAAGAUCUGAAGAACAUUCUCCGAGAGGAAUUAAUGAUAGACAUUUUCGAAAACGGUCUCAUUCAAAAUCUCCCAGAACACGUUCUCGCUCCCCUCUUGGAUUUUAUGUUCACUUAAAAAAUCUGUCACUAAGUAUUAACAAAAGAGAUUUAAGAAAUUUCUUUAGAGACACUGAUCUGACUAACGAACAGAUUAAAUUUUUAUAUAAAGAUGAAAGAAGAACGCGAUAUGCCUUUGUGAUGUUCAAGACUCUGAAAGACUAUAAUACUGCUCUUGGUUUACAUAAGACUGUUUUACAGUAUCGUCCAGUUCUUAUUGAUCCAGUUUCUAGAAAACAAAUGCUGAAGUUCAUUGAAUGUUAUGAAAAGAAGAGACCAGAGAAAGAGAGGCCAGGACAUGUUUCACAAAAAUAUUCUCAAGAAAGCUAUUCUGGCCAGAAACUGUGUAUAUAUAUAAGGAAUUUCCCAUUUGAUGUUACAAAAGUUGAAGUGCAAAAGUUCUUUGCAGACUUUUCUCUUUCAGAGGAUGAUAUUUACUUGCUUUUUGAUGACAAAGGAGUUGGUUUGGGAGAAGCACUAGUGAAAUUUAAAUCAGAAGAACAGGCUAUUAAAGCUGAACGUUUAAACCGAAGAAGAUUCUUAGGGACAGAGGUAUUGUUAAGACUUAUAUCUGAGGCACAAAUGCAGGAGUUUGGUGUAAAUUUUUCCUUGAUGUCCAGUGAGAGAAUACAAGGCCGUUCAGAGUCACAUGAUAGAGAUGACCAUUCCCAUUUAUUUGAUCCAAAAGACCCACCGAUUUACUCAGUGGGCCCUUCUGAAAACUUUAGGUAUCAGCUAGAGGACUUGAGGCAACUAGAUAACUUCAAGCAUCCCCAGGGAUAUUUCCGACAGCCUGAUAGGCGCCCUCCAGAAGACUUCAGGCACUCUCCGGAAGACUUCAGAUUCCCUCCGGAGGACUUCAGACACUCCCCAGAGGGCUUUAGGCACCCUCGGGAGGAGCACUUCAGGCGGCCUCCUGAGGAAGACUUCAGGCGGCCUCGGGAGGACGAGUGGAGACGACCUCUUGAGGAAGACUGGAGGUGGCCACCUGAGGAGGACUUCAGACAGCCCCACGAGGAGGACUUCAGGCGGCCACCAGAGGAGGAUUUCAGGCGCCCUUGGGAAGAGGAUUUCAGGCGCCCCCCGGAAGAGGACUUCAGGCACCCUAGGGAGGAGGACUUCAGGCAGCCCCCUGAGGAGGACUUUAGGAGACCCCCUGAGGAGGAUUUCAGGCAUUCCCCUGAGGAGGACUUCAGGCGGUCACCCCUGGAGCACUUCAGGCGACCACCCCAGGAGCACUUCAGGCGACCACCCCAGGAGCACUUCAGGCGCCCACCCCAGGAGCAUUUCAGGCGCCCACCCCAGGAGCACUUCAGGCGACCGCCCCCAGAGCACUUCAGGCGACCACCCCCAGAGCAUUUUAGGCGACCACCCCCAGAGCAUUUCAGGCGCUCCCGAGAGGAAGAUUUCAGACAUAUGCCAGAUGAAGACUUCAGGGGCCCUCCAAAUGAGGACUUCAGACACCCUCCUGAUGAGGACUUCAGGAGUCCCCAGGAAGAUUUUAGAUCCCCUUCUGAUGAGGAUUUCAGGCAGCUCCCGGAGGAAGACCUCAGGGAAGUUCCAGAGGAGGAUCCUAGACUUCCUGACAAUUUCAGACCUCCUGGUGAGGAUUUUAGGAGCCCACCUGAUGAUUUUAGAAGUCAUCGCCCUUUUGUGAAUUUUGGUCGUCCAGAAGGUGGCAAAUUUGAUUUUGGAAAGCGUAAUAUGGGAGGUUUUCCUGAAGGGAGAUUUAUGCCUGAUCAGAAGUUAAACUGUGGUUCAGGUAGAGUAACUCCUGUUAAGAUAAUGAAUCUUCCAUUUAAAGCUAAUGUUAAUGAAAUUUUAGACUUUUUCCAUGGUUAUAGAAUCAUACCUGAUUCAGUUUCAAUACAGUAUAAUGAGCAAGGAUUGCCUACAGGGGAAGCCAUUGUAGCUAUGAUAAACUAUAAUGAAGCCAUGGCUGCUAUUAAAGAUCUAAAUGAUAGGCCAGUUGGCCCCCGCAAAGUUAAGCUAAUUUUGCUUUAGAGAGCAUUUCUAAUCCCACAGUAUUGAUGCAGUAAAAUGCAUUUUUUUAAAAAAGUGUUUAUUUUUAGUUAUAUGGUGAAACAGUUUAAUUUUGACCUGUGCAUAGAAAAACUGUAAAUAGUUGAAUGUGAAUCUGCUUCUUUUGCUUGCAAAUUGCCAUUUAUUUUUUUUCUAACUUAAAAUUAUAUAUGUUUUUUUUUUUUUUCUUUGCUAGGGCAGUGUUUAAUUUUUGUUGAUGUUAUGGGUAAACCUCAGACUUAUAUGGAGUUGUAGUUGGGAAAAAUAAAUUUUAUAUUCACUUUUAUUUCAUUCUGUAGUCAGCAUAUAUUACUGAAACUGUAAUAAGGAAAUGGUCAGUGACUAAUUUUUCAGGUUUGGCAUUUUCAUCACUACCUGCCUACAGAAUUCAUGCCCUCUGGUCUGAGAUAUUGCUGUGUUAAGGUCUCCUGUUAAUUAUAAAUAGUUAAAAAUGAACAGACUGUGAAAUUGAAAUUUAUUUGUGUAAAAAGCUUAGGGGAUUCUUAAAGUUUCCAUGUUCAUAACUUUGCAAAGUUUUUUUAAAAUAAAAGAAAUUACAACUGAA